UUGCCUUCAUAACAGCCACUAAGCAACCCACCAAACCUGCAAGUCAAGCAAGACUGAGUGCAAGUCAUCCUGACUAAAUCAUUUUUUUUAAUAGUUGCGGGGAGUGUAUUAUUGUCUGCUAUAUUAGAUUGCAGUUGCAGCAGUAGUCAGUGAAAGAGUGAAAGCACCUGCUUACGGGCACAUCUUUCAUCGCAUCAAACACUGUGUAGCAACUUGUGAGCUAGCUGCCGAAAACCACAUGGAUCCCCAAAACACCGACACGAACACUGAGGCGAAGAUGUUGUUGAACCACGCCAAGACGCUCAGGCUCCACACCGGGAAUUUAGUCAACCGGAGUCGCCUGAAAAAGAAAUGUCCAGGCUCUCCCAGCGAGGAGCUUCAAGACUGCAUUCAAGCCACACUGAGUGACUGGUUUUCCAUGACAAAGGCGCCGCCCAAGGACUUUCCAGAUACACUGGACUGCUCCAUUCCCCAGGAAACAGAUGCUAUCACACCCGAGGAGAGGGAGGAGGUGAAGGUUUCAGUCAAGCUCUUCCUGUGUGAGUCGGUUCAGUCCUCAAUCAGAGAUGCAGUGGAAAUGGCCUGCCAGACACUGACAGUGUCCCAGCUCGACUCUGUUAUAAUAGCGCCACCUGGGCUCCUGGAGGGUGACAGCCAAACUUUGGCUCACCUUCAGCCAGCCUGGGAGGAGCUGGAGACCCUGGUCAGGAGCCAGCGGAUUGCCGCCAUUGGCACCUCUGACCUGGACAAAGAUCUGCUGGAACAGCUCUACAACUGGGCUCAGGUGAAGCCCAGCAGUAAUCAGGUGAACCUGGCCUCCUGCUGUGUGAUGCCUCCUGACCUGACAGCCUUCGCUAAGGAGUUUGACAUCCAGCUGCUCACACACAACGAUCCCAAAGAGCUGAUGUCAGCAGCCACCUUCCAGGAGGCAAUGCAGGAGGGAACACAGGACCUAAAAAUGGCUGACUGGAGGCUGGAGUGGGUCCUGCGCUACUCCAUUAUUGUCAAGAGCAGGGGCAUCAUCAAGUCUAAGGGCUACCUUGUCAGCGCAAGGAAGGCGACCCCCUAGCACACCUCAUUAGAGAAGAAGACACAGGGAUGAAGCCAUUUUCCUCCUUUUUCAUUCACCUACACACACAACAUGCAAAGUAACAGCUUUGAAUACUGGACGUUGCCAAUCAAAAUGAGUCUUGAAGUAAUUGUUUUAUCUUACAGAUAAGAGUUCACCCUCAUUGUGUAUAAUUUGUUUAGUUUAUCAAAUGCAAGUAUUCAUUGCCAUCAUCUCAGUGAGAUCAAAAGUAGGAAAUGAACAUGCAAGAUCAACCCCAGUGUCAGUUUUGAGAGAAAAGACUGUGAAAUAGAGAGUUUCACAGAUGGUGGCUCUCUCCAUGACCAGUAUGCUGACAGAUCAGCCAUUUAUCAACACAGUAGAGGCUGCUCUUAACUUGGAUCCAAUGUGAAGGUUCCUUAACCUUGCUCUGAUGUGAAGUGCCUCUCAUCUUUCACUCCUUCUAUCCUCAUACCUGCUUUGUCUCCACUGUGUUUGUGUGAAUCAAGCUUUAAAUAUGUAGGUCUGACUGAAAAGAUUGUGAUAGGUAAAGCAGAAGAAAACGGUAGAAAUCUCUUGUUUUUAAUACAUUAUUAUUCCAAACAUUUUGAAAGGUGAAAUGGAAAUCUAUCUACUAUGAAAAAAGUCUGAUAUUACUCAGUUUCGAUUUGUUGCUGCUGUAUAUAACGCCAUUUGCAUUCCACAAUUAAGAAAAAUUAUGCACUAAUUCAAACCCAACUACAUACAAGAUGUGUAUUUUAUGAUGCAGAUUGAAUUAGAUUUCGACUGGCAGAACUAUGUGAGUAUGUAUAACUCUAUUUUAUCAUGUUUUUUUCUAACCAUGAGCUCUUUUUAAUGAUGCAUUGAAAUGCCCCCCCCCCCAUGCUCAUGAGAUUAAUUUGAAAGUAGAGCAAUAUUUUGAGGUUGGCAUAAACACAAGGCUGAUGUCAUCUAUAUGUUGUUAUUAUAACACUGAAAACUCUGUGGCAAGGAAAUGAGAAAAAUAGUUAACUCUGAGGAAGCUGUUUUUAUUUAUGAAUCAUGCUUGUUUUUCCAUACAGGGUCCAGUAAAUCUCAUGUAGAAUUUUCUGUUCUACUGUAAACAUAUUUAAUGUUGUCAUAUAUCUGUAUAUCAUGAAUUGGCUUUAUUAAAAUGACAAAAUACACGUUUA